ACAAGCAGCCGCUCUCUGCAGAGCGUAGGAGCCGCUGAAGGCACCAAGUCUCAAUGAUGGUCCAUUAGCCGGUGCCAAUUAAAGCUGGCGGGCAAAUAAGCGGGCAGAAGACCCUUUGUGCCGGGAUGACAUGCCCUUUCGGGACCCCGAGAGACCUUUUUGAGACCCCCAAAGCGAGGCAGCCGCCGAAGCCGGGGAGAAGAUGAUGGAGAGAAAUCUAUCAGCUGGAACCAGCGGCACCGUCGGCUUGUUGCUCUUGACUCUUUUGGGCUUCUUGACAGUUGGCUUGUUUGGCCAGACUGAUGAGCCAAGGGCACAGCUAGCCGAGGACGGCCUGCUUGACCCUAGUUGGUGUGCAGAUAUCAUCGCCGGCCAGGUCCAAAGCCCUCCUCGCCGAGUGAAUGCGGUUUUGGGGGGCACGGCCGUCCUCUCUGUGAAUCUCGCACCCCGGGCCAAAGUCAGGGAGAUCGAGUGGAGCUACCGAGCCGGACCGGGACCGGCUCUCUUGGUGGCCGUCUUCCGGGAUGGGAAAUUCGAGCGGCCCGAUCCCGGCGACCGGUUCAAGCAGCGGGUGGACAUGUUCAACGAGACCCUGAGGAUCCGGGCCUUGGAGGUGAACGACAGCGGCAUCUUCGGUGCCCGGAUCAAACUGCUUCCGGCCAUCGUGGAAGAUCAGAUUUUCCAGCUGGCUGUCUAUGAACCGGUUUCGACACCCCGGAUCCAGAGCCAGCUGGUCUCCAGCACCCCGAAGUGGUGCAACGUGACGCUGCAGUGUCUGUCUCCCAGCAAAGGCCCGGUCAACAUCACCUGGAGGAAAGGCAACCCCAUCCGGGACCUGGGCGCCUCCGACCGGUUCCAGGUCUCCCCCGACGGCCGGACCCUCCGCCUCUCGCUGCUCCCGGCCUCCCUCAACACCACCUACUCCUGCCUGGCCAGCAACCCCAUCGAGCACAAGAUCGUCUCCUUCGACCUGCAACGCAUCUGCCAGAGCGGAGCCGAGGCCUCCUUCUCCAAGUCCGGCUACGUGGUGCUGACUUUUAUCCUCUUAGUGCUAAGCCUCGGGGCGGCGUUUUGGUGCUGGCGGCUCAACAACGAGAAGUCGGCGGAGGCAGGCACCAUCCCAACCGUCCAAGUGGAGGAGAGUCCCACAGACCCCCAGUACGCGGAGAUCCUCCGGCGGAGCCCCCCAGAAGGUAACACUAAGCCCCUAGGUCUCCAGGAAAGUAGUGCGGAGAAAAGCCCCCAAAAGGAAUGGCUCAUGACCACCAUUUAUGACCAGAUCCAAAGGAGCCCAGACACGCCGACCGAGGAUGUCACAUAGACCCCUGAAACCGGCCAAGUGGGAUUUAUCCAACCGUGAGUCCCACCUCCUCCUCCUCCUCCACCGCUGGGACGGAAGCGAACACUAUGUGCCAAAUCUGCAUCGCUUUGGAUGUUCCUACGAAGCCAACAAGAAAGUAUGGAAGCAAAGAGCUCUCCAAACAAAAUUUUUGCUCCCAAAGAUGCGCUAGGUCUUAUUUUCCGGGACUGUCUUAUUUUUUCCACAAAGACGAAUUCACAUUUAUGGUUGAAUUUUUAAAAAAAUGAAAAUUUAUUAUCUACCGUAAAGUAGUUGUCAUCACAAACCAGCAUAACCAAACUGAAUCCUUUCAAGAAUUUCUAUAUUUUACGGCUAUACUGUUUUUAAAUUACUCUUUUAAAUUUCUGUUUGUAUGUAAAUUUAUGUUGUUGUUGGGCUUCUCCCUGUGUAAGCUGCCCCGGGUCCCUUCUGGGAGAUGGAGGUGGGAUACAAGAAUAAAGUUAUUAUUACAAUA